AUGUGUGUGCGUUUUUCGGCGGCGUAUAAGGCGACGAUCGGUGCUGAUUUCCUCACGCGCGAGGUCGUCGUGGACGGGCGCGUUGUGACGAUGCAGCUGUGGGACACGGCCGGGCAGGAGCGCUUCCAGUCGCUGGGCGUGGCGUUCUACCGCGGCGCCGACUGCUGCGUGCUUGUGUACGAUGUGAACAACCCCAAGAGCUUCGAGACGCUCGACAGCUGGCGCGACGAGUUCCUGAUCCAGGCAAGCCCCCACGACCCCGAUAACUUCCCGUUCGUCGUGCUGGGCAACAAGAUCGACGUCGAGGAGAGCAAGCGCGCUGUCUCGCAAAAGCGCGCCAUGUCCUGGUGCCAGAGCAAGGGCAACAUCCCGUACUUCGAGACAUCGGCCAAGGAGGCCAUCAACGUCGAGCAGGCAUUCCAGACUAUUGCGAAGAAUGCACUGCAACAGGAGGCCGAGGCGGAACUCUAUGCAGACUACCCCGACCCCAUUCGGAUCGAUGCGGCCAACCCCCGCGCGUCCGGCUGCAAUUGCUAG